UGUCAGAUUGACAGCUCCGCCCCUCCUUCAGUCGAGUUUUGACGGCUGUUGUGUUUUCUUUAGAGCGCAUGGCUUUGCUGUCGUGUCAUGAUGGGACAGACUCUUGUUUCCUGCAGGCUGUCAGGAUGUUCCAGAGGAAGAAGAAGAAGAAGAAGAAGAAGAGGAGGCUGGAGAUCUCCACACCCAGGAACUUCGAGCACAGGGUGCACACGUCCUUCGACCCGGUGCAGGGCUGUUUCGUGGGUCUGCCGACCCAAUGGCAAAGCCUCAUAGAAACACUCAGGAGACCCAAACCUGUGGUGGACCCCUCCAGCAUCACGCAGGUGCAGCUCCAGCUGCAGAGGAGCAUUGUUCGCGGCAGUUUCAUCGGACAUGAGGACUACAUUUCUGCGGCGAUUGCUCAGAUGAGUCGACUCUCUGUUACAAGCUCGAACUCGUUGAGGAGAACCAGCCUGUCUUUAAGGAAAAGAGCCCAGUCUCUGGGUCGUCUGGGUGAGUUAGCUGAAGGAGAGACGUACGAAUAUCAGGAACUCAAUGAGGCCGAUCGGAGAAACGGGCAGCCGGUGUCAGACUGGUGCUCGAGAUCCCGACAGAUCCAGAGCGAGAGCGGAAGCCCACGGCCCGAAUCCAAGAACAGCUACACCAUAAACUCCACUGAGUCUCGACCCAGAGCCAAGUCUAUGUUCAUGGGACAGCCGGUGCUGAUGCCCCGGGACAUUUUACUCGCGCCUAGGACUGAUAAAACAGACGGUAAACCCAACCAGAGGCCCGUAUCGUGUCUCUACAGCAGCUACAGCCAAAAUAAUGGAGCGAGACUGAGCUCAGAUCAGCCGAAGAUGGAAACGCAGAGGAGGCCUCAGUCCACGUACAACUUCAAGGUGAAUUCACCGAAUUUUCCAGCCAUUUCCAAACCCAGCGACACUAGCAGUCCACAACCCGGCCAUGGAAUAAUAAUCAGCCACCAAAGCGCACGCCGUUCCUCCAGCGACCUCAUUUGUCCCAUCAAGCCCCCCGGGACUCCAGCCUCAGUCCCUCCGACGCAGGACAGACCCGCGAGCCCCAGCAGAGCCCCGUCGCCCUGCUCGAGAGUCACGCAGGAGCAGUUCAGAGCCGCGCUGCAGAUGGUGGUGGACACCGGCGACCCUCGCUCGUCUCUGGAGAGCUUCGUGAAGAUCGGCGAGGGCUCCACGGGUGCGGUGUGCAUCGCCCGAGAGAAGCACAGCGGGCGGCAGGUCGCGGUGAAGAUGAUGGACCUGAGGAAGCAGCAGAGGAGAGAACUGCUCUUCAAUGAGGUGGUUAUCAUGCGAGACUACAGGCAUAAAAACGUGGUGGAGAUGUACAAGAGUGCUUUGGUGGGUGAAGAGCUCUGGGUCAUCAUGGAGUGCCUGCAGGGCGGCGCUCUGACCAACAUCGUCUCAGAAACCAGGCUAACAGAGGAGCAGAUUGCUACGGUGUGUGAAGCCGUUCUCCAGGCUCUCUGUUAUCUUCACGCUCAGGGCGUUAUUCACAGAGACAUCAAGAGAGACUCUAUCUUACUCACGCUGGACGGCCGGGUCAAACUGUCCGACUUUGGAUUCUGUGCUCAGAUCAGCAAAGACAUCCCGAAGAGGAAGUCGUUAGUCGGGACUCCGUAUUGGAUGGCGCCGGAAGUGGUUUCAAAGACGCCAUACGGCACUGAGGUGGACAUGUGGCCUCUGGGGAUCAUGGUGGUGGAGAUGAUCGAUGGAGAACCUCCGUAUUUCAGCGAGACGCCGAUAGCAGCGAUGAAGAGACUGCGGGACGAGCCGCCGCCGACCGCCAGAAACAUCAGCAAGAUCUCUCCCGUCCUGAGGGACUUUCUGGACUCGAUGCUGAGGCGUGAUCCGCUGGAGCGAGCGAGCGCCGGUGAUCUGCUCCAGCAUCUCUUCAUGCUGCAGGCCGCUUCUCCUCGCUGUCUGGUGCCGCUGCUGGAGCAGCACCGCAAACACUCCCAGCAGCACUUCUGACUG